AUUGCAAGGAUAUCCUUUGCAAUUGAAACAUCUGCAGCUUUGAAAGAAGCUAUUGAUGAUCUGGAAUGGCCCCGAUCAAGUAUCAAACUAACAUUACAACCAACUCCUCCUUCGGUUGCGUUCAGAAGUGAAAGCCAUGGUGAUCUACAGAUAGACUUUAUGUAUUAUGCAAAUACUGAUCUUUUAGCAGCUUUGAGCUGUGAUCGUGAAGUGUCUCAUCGGUAUAAAUAUAAAUUCUUACAGGCAACAACUUCUAAUAUACCAAGUAGUGUCGUCAAAGAUAACCGUGGCAGCAAGGUUACGCUUGGGAGAGGCGGAAUAUUGAAAGUUCAGCAUCUGGUCUCCGUUGCAAGGCAAUCACACCCACACAUUGUUUCUGCUGGUUAUCAGCCUCCUAGCAGGAUAGCAUACAUUGAGUUCUUUGUCAAGCCAGAGGAGGUUGAAGACAAUUGA